AAUGUUUUAACUUCACUCAAACAUGUGAUAUGAAAUCGUGCAGGUAAGUAAAUUUAUUUAGUAAAUAGCUAGUAAAUAAUUGCUUUCAGCACUGAGAAAACUGUGCCAACUUAGCAAUUUUGUGUGAAUCAUGAAUUAAAUUAAUAAAUUAUAAUAAAUCAUCGGAAUCUUAUCGAAAUCGUGCCCAACCAAUUCCAUUCCGGUCCGUCGGCCAGUCAACCGUGAAACAUGUUCAUGGGCCAGUGACUGAGUGCAUGUUCAUAUUGUAGCGAAUAUCAGAUUGUGAGUGAUUGUCUGAAACACAUUGUCACUGCCUACUAAUUCUAAUGAUGAGUUUGUGUUUUAAGUUUUAGCGAUUAUAAUUAUAAUUAGAUCAAUUUGAAAUGCAUUUGUGUGUGCUUUACUGUAGACACAUAUUAUCAUUCAUGUGUCUACAGUAAAGCACACACAAAUGCAUUUCAAAUUGAUGAAAAGUAUGAAAUCAUUAUUAUCAUUCAAUGAUUUCAUACUUUUCUAUGAAAUAAAUAAUAAAUAUAAAAUGUCAUAAUUAUGAGUUUGUCCUAGUCCUGUCCUUACUUAGGCUUACACUUAUACUUAUUACACGAAGUAAGUAAGGAAGUUUCUAAAUUGACUCCAUUCUGAAAAAUCAAAUAAUGAUUAGCUGUGACUUGAUUAGUAAAAAGUGUGACUGUGUGGCCUUAGCAAUAAAAUAAAAUAACAACAAGCAGUGACUGUCAAUUUGCUACAAUUGAGUUUUAGAAAGUUAGUAUAAAAUUAAUGAAGGCCUAAAUCAGGUUUGCAAAGAAACAGAGUUAUAUUAUGAUUAGGCAAUCUCAAAUCAUCCGCAGGCCGCAGGAGAUAGAGUCUGAGUUAGACUGGACUGCAUAAAGUAUUCCACUAAAAAUGUGAUUACACAUUCAAUAAAUUACAACUGCUACAGUCUGCUAAAUCUUGAUUAAUAGCCAAAAAAUGAAAACAUGAAGCGUUCUCAAGAACUAGGCUUCCCUUUCUUCCACCUUCUCCUUGUUGCCAGAGAUCUGGCAGCACUUCUUCUUGCACUGCUGAGCAACACUUAGCGUGAGUUAGGAAGCAACUGAGGCCCUCAGUAUUGCUUGUAGACACUCAUCAGUAAGUUUGGCCCAGAAAUUUGACUUGUUAAAGUUCAUAGUGGAAAAGAGCUUUUCACACAGAUAGGUAUUCCCAAAAAACGCACGAUCCGCUUGAACAAUCUGGAAAUUUCAAGGAAUGUGGAGGGCAAUGCUCUUAUAAAUUUUCCAAGCAUGUUUGUUUUUCCAUUGUCUGUUCACCCCACUGAACUUAGCCUUAAACUUACAGUUUAUACUCAUAAUAUACAUUUAAUCAACAAUUUUAAAAUAUUCAAUAAUUUAAACUGAAUUAUUUAAACUCUAAGAAACCAUUAGUUUUUUUUAUUGUUGGUGUUUACUGUACAAAAAAUAAAUGAAGGUAUAAUGCAAGUCAUUGACUACAUUGGCUACUGUUCCAAUGAUUAUUUUAAUCCAUUUUAAUUUUUUUUAGAUACAAAUAAUCUACAUUAAAUUUUUUUAUUUAUUUCACAGAGAAUUCAGCUUAUUUGACCUCAAAGACUAAGAGUAAGAGUUCUGAUAGGAAUGGAAUAAUAACAUAGGAACAAAUGCUUAUUUGAUUCAGUAAAAUUAGGUUUGUAGAUAAAUAUUCCUAAGUUAAUUUGUAGCUUAAAUUAUAAGUAUUAUAUGCAAUAAAAUAUUCCUAGGUUAAGUUAUAUUAUUUUUUAUUAACAUUCGUAAAAUGUUGUAAAACUAGCAAAGUUUUGGAGGAUACAUUCCACCCACUUCAUCACAGGCACUUAAAACAAGCUUGAUAAGGGCAAACUCUUUCCCUGCCUAAACCUAGGCUCAAAAGAUACAAAUAUCAUUUUGUUCCCCAGUCUCUAAGAAAGUACCAGUGUGCUCCCCCAGCAGCAAUGCUUACAAAGCCUAAAUGAUCACCAAUUAAUAAGUUAUUAUUGUCUCUAAGGGGUUAAAUUGUGUAGUGUAAGAUGGUUGGUUUAUACGAUAGAGAAAUGCUUUAGAUGUCUUGUGUGUAAGUUGUUCUAAUUGUAAAAUGUUUUUGUGGUUAUAAUAUUUACUUAUUUAUGUGCUGAAAUUAAAUAAGUACAAUAGAUCAAAAAGCAUUUACAUUUAUUUGGAGCAAUAAAAGAAUAUCUUAUCUUAAAUCAUGUUUAUAAAUUUAAAUGCCUAACAAAAAAUUGAUAUUACUGAUAUAUAUAAUUAGGCUAAUAUAUUUAUUAAAAUAUUUUGAUAACUCUAGUUAUCCAAAAUGAUGGCACGGUAGUGAAUAAUGAUGGGAAAAUUAUUCAGUAAACGCAACAAAAGUGCUGGGUAAGCCAUUAAUUUAAAUUUGGCGGAUAAUCUAAAUACAGGUACCAAAUCAGAAUUGCAAACUUGAAAUGCACUUUGUGCUCUUAUGAUUUAAAGAACUAUUUUUAUCAGAUAAAUUAAUUUUGAUAGAAAAGAAUUAAAUAGAAUUAAAUUACUGAAUACAUCCUUUUAAAUGUGUAGUGAUGAACAUUAGUAAUUAAUCAGAAUAAAUGAACAGAACAAUAAUAAGAUGUCAUUUUACAGUUUUGUUAUUUUAUAACUACAGUACAUAAAUGAAGUUGAGUUACAUCGGUUUUCAUAAUUAGGUCAACCAGACCAGCAUUUGCAGAAGCUGGAUCUGCCAUUUCAUCAGCGGGCCAUUAUGGGGAUGCAAACACAAAAGUAAUAGACAGCUCUUCAUCAAAUGUGAAACUUCAACAUAGUGAUGCAGUUGUCAGUUUAGCCUUAUUUCAACCAGGAUUGUGUCUGUCUGGUAGUAAAGACAUGGUAUUUCUUAAAUCUAUUUUUUAGCUUGCUUUUUACGUGUUAAAUUUUAUUUUGCUUUAAAAAUUAUGAAUAUUAUAAAUGGCCAUCAUGUCAUGAUAUUUUAACUGAUUUUUUUUUACCCCCCAACCGAAUCAUCAUAAAUGUAUUACAAAUAUAGGCAACUUCAUAUAAUUUGUCAGAAAUUGGUGACUUUUCCAGGAUGUGUGACAUUGUUUAUGGAUGGCCCCUAAGCUUCAGCAAAAUAACAAACUGAUAAAUAUUAAUUAUUUUAUGAAAAAAAGCCAGGAAUUCCUAAAAUAAAAAGCAUAUCUGAAAAUAUCAUCUGUAGAUUCUUUUUAUUCUAUGAUCUCUUUCAUUAAUGGUACAGGUUUUGCUAGAUAAAUUAACUCUAUUUAUAAAUUAAAUGGAUCAUUUGUUAACCCCACAUAGACUCAAAUAUAUAAAACAGUAUUUCCUCUUAAAUAAUAACAGGGCUAAUGAAACUAUUAUAGAUAAAAAUUUUUGUUGCUGUGAUUAAAUGGAAUGAAAUUUACAGGCACCCAGGUUUUAUACACCAGUCUAUAGUGUAUAAGAUUUGAUCAUAGUUUCAGAAUCUGGUAGUUUACAUGGGUCUCUGGCUAUUGUAAACUUUUGAACCAAAAAAAUGUAAAAAUGAGAGAUGCUUUUCUCUCAACAUUCAAACCAUUUAAUUAAUCCUUUCAGUGAAUUAUCUUCAAUUAACAAAAAUAUGUAUGCCAAAAAUUUAAAUAUACAUUUUUUGACAGAUCUAGAGCCAACUAAAGAUCUUUUAUAUAGAAACAAUAAUAAUGGACACAAUUAAUUCCUUGUCAAUGCAAUUUUGUUUUCUUUAUCCUCUCUGUCAGAAUUUUAAAAGAGCAAUUUUUUUCAGUGUGUCAUACUUUAUGAUUACAAGGAUAAAAGACAAGCAGAUAAAUGGACUGGCCAUUCCAAUGCAGUAACAAAGGUUAACCAUUUAUUUAUAGAAUAUUUUAAAAAUCUUUAAUUGGUACCCGUACUUAUAUUUUAUAUGCUUGUAAAGAUGUCUGAACCUUUUAUCUGCUAAGCAAUCUUUUAAACAAAAAAAAUAUAAACCACUGACAAGUUAUAAAAUAAGUAACAAUCCAAACUGACACUGUAUUUUUUUUUAAAGGGAAGAAGUAUAAUGAGGUUAAUCUGUUAUGCAAUUAAUUUAAUUUAUUAAGCAUUUGGACAAGAUACAUUUCCAAAUUUUUAUGAAUAUAUAUUAUAAUACUUUGAUAAAUAAAUUUAAGUAGUUUUGAAAUCAAUCUGUAAGCUGUUACCAGUGCCCUCUCAAUUGAAUUUCAAUGAGUCUCUGAGAAUCAUUUGUUAAGUUUUGGCUGAGAUUGUUAAUUAUACUUUUAAUUGUUUGUAACUGGUGCUGUAAAAAGGAAUGGGGGUGGGGGGGGGUGGGGGGUUGGGGGGGUGGUUUGUUUGUGAACAGCAUUACACGUUUUUUGUUUGUUUUUUUGUUUGUUUUGAGGCACAAAGAAACUGAUCUGAUUGUUUUUCUUAGGUUCUUUAUGGGAAGGUUUUAGAUAAAAUUUUCAGCUCCUCAAGAGAUAAGACAAUAAAAGUAUGGGAGAGGGGAAAUUCCACUUUUAAGAGUGAGUUUGUUGGCCACACUCUGGUGGUCACAGCAAUCGAUUUAAAUGCUGGUGAGUAGAGAGGAGUUGAUAUUUAUAAAGCUUAUAUGCCUUUAUAUCACUGCUUCAACUCUCUCAUGAGAGAUAUACUACUAUUAUAGUAAAAUUCAUUUUUUUUCAUUAUUAUUCAAGGGCUUUCUGAUAUUCUCUGUAAAUUUUUUUUUUUUUCACUUAAUCUAAAAACGAUUUUAGCCACAAAGUCUAAUAAAAAUUUUCUAUUCUUCUUAAACAACUCAUUAUUAUUUCCCAUAAAAUUAAAAAUUUGACAAACACUUUUAUAAAGCUUUAGCAACCAUACAUUUAAAGUAAGUAAACAUGUAAAUAUAAAUAUUUUAAUGUUAAAAAUUGUACAUAAAUUGUUAUUAAAAGUGUUAAAUUCAUCAUUUUAAAAAGUAAUUGUCGUUUUAGCAGUUUCCAUUUAGCUGGAGAAUAUGAAAUCUAAAUUGCAAACAUUUUUUCUGUUUUUGGGCAGAUAACUCUCUGCUUUGUAGCGGCUCUAGGGACAAUUCAGUCAAACUAUGGGAUGUUAGGACCGGGACUUGCCUGAAGACAAACUCUAUACCUCAGAAUUUGGUUAGUGUUAGAAUAAAAAAAGGUCAACUUUGUUUUAGAACAUUUACCAUUUUGCUUUGUUUUAAAGCAUUUUGGUACCAUUAAUCCUUAGUCUGUCUUAUAUUAGCCCUUACCUUUGCUGAACAGUUAUAUAUAUUAUUAUAAAUUAAUAUAAAAAGAAAUAUAUUUAAAUUGUAACUUUUCAUGCUUAGUAAAUUAAAAAUGUUCUUAAACCAUUUGAAUUUCAGAUUAAAACAUGGAACAUCUUUAAUAUUAUAUUAUUAUAUACCGGUACCAUUGUAAUCUGUAUCUGAAAAUUGAAUUAAAGAUCUAGAAUUAUAUUAGAACUGGGUACUGGUGUCUAUGUAAUAUUUUUUGGUGGGCCCCCUGUGAGGGCAAAGUAUAAAACAUGUCAUGUUAAACUAACCCAGUCCCUACUCUCCCUUGAGUUGGUGUCUUCUGUAACAGUAGUCUAUAUCAUUAUCCUUUGUCUUUCAAUGCUCCCCCUAUGGUUGACCCAGAAGUUGGAUCCUCACGGAUGUGUACCAUUGUCCAGCUUUGAUGGGGAUCAUACCAAAUACUGUGGCAGCAAGGUCUGUUAGAGUCUGUCCCCAGGAUCAUGAAAGUCCUUGCACAGACACAGCUGACCCAGGACGUAACAGUUAUCUGUCUAGUACUAAAAUGGCCUAAACCAGGGGUCGGCAUCCUUUUGAGUGACAAUUUACAAAAUUUCCCAGUUUUUAAAGAGCCAUUAACAUUUUUAUUUCAAUAUAAUUAUCAAUAUGUGUGCAUGGAACUGGAGAGCCGCAUCUUGACAUCAAAAGAGCUGCAGGUUGCCGACCCCUGGCCUAAACCAACAAUGAAAAAUGGAGCGUCAGGAGACAGUAGGUGGCAGGGAAUGGAUAAAUUGUAUUUCCUGCCUGUAUGAUAUGACUGAGGGAUGACUCAGUCACAGAAGACUUCUACCUGGCUAACGCAGACUCCCAGUGUCAGGUUGCCAUGUGAUAUCCAGCUUCUGGAUCUGGACGGGGAAGGAAAGCCACACACAAAACCAGUAACAACCAUAGUGAUAAAGACACACAAAAAGACAUCAGAGCUCAGGUGUUGCCUUGUCCAUCAAGGCCAACAUUACAAAAGCAGCAUUACACCACCCAUCUGCAAUAUUCACAGUUCAUCCCAGAAAAACAAAGCAAUGUCUUUAUCUUCCCUGAAUGCAAAUCAUUACUUCAUGUGACUGAGCAUCAAGAUCACACAGCAACAUUAACAAAAUAAAAUGAGUAAAACAAAGUAGGGUUAAACCUGAAAAAAUAAACGCAACAAAACAGCGAAUGUGUCGGCAGAAAGCCUUCGUCAGCGAACAAAACAACAGAAAAAACGGUAUACAAAUAAAAAUAAGAAAUAGCACUUAGCUGGUAAGUAGUAUCUGUGGGCACUUCUAUUCGUACUAACCUGAUUGCAGUCUCUCCCCUAUUACCCCUAGCAACAUUAACAUCACUGCUUCUUAAAAUAAAACACUUUCCACAAGAACUAUGAAACCCUUACAAUGGAUACCAGGAUACCACAUUACCCGUUUACCAGGAAAUGAAAUAGCAGACAAAGGAUGACAUCAUGCAAUAUUUUAAAGAAUGAGUUUAAAGAAUGAGAAUUGGUAAAUUGGGUAAAUGCCUUAAAAUUUUUAACAGUUUGAGAAAGGGGUUUUGUCUCUUUUGAAAUAAUUUUUUUUUUUCUUCUCUUUUAGGUGACAGAUUUAAAAUUUGUGCCAAGCUCAUCAAUGAUUGUACAAACCGGCGAAGAUAAAGAAAUAAGGUAAGCAGCCCAUGAUUUAGUGUAUCACACUGUGGGUAACGGCGAUUAGACGAUACCUUUAUUUACUGUCGCCGCAAUUUGUCACCUUAUGUCAAUUUUAUUUCAGAGUUUUUGACCUUCGCACACUCCAGCCUGUGUUCAGUUUCCCUAAAAAGCAAUACAUCCAGAUGUGCUGUGAUGUCAGUCUUGAUGGGAACUAUAUUAUAUCUUCCAGUAAUGGUUUCUCGGGCAAUGGGUGUGAGGCAACAGUAUGUAGUUGUUGUUUUUUUUGUUUUUUUUUCAUCUUUUAUGAAUGUUGAAAAACUGGCCAAAUUGAAAUAAAAAUUUAGCAUUAAUACUGAAUAGUUUCCAUAUUCUGAUUUAAUUUAUUUUAAAUCUAAACCAGGACACAUUUAACUUAAGACAUUUUUUAAGAAUUAGGUAUACCCGGUACCCUGCAUUAUAUAAAAUAAUGACCUUCAGAAGUCACUAAUUUCAUUGCUUUAAUAUUUCCUUUAAAAUUAUUAACAAGCUGUGGGACUUAAGGACACGAAAGCUGCAGAAGGAAUUCUAUGGCCAUCAUGAAGCUGUUGAGGCAUGCACAUUUCUACCUGACGGAAACCGCUUGCUUGUGGCCACAGCCGGACGGGACUGCAGUGUCAAAAUUUGGGAUGCACAGACAGCAGGUGGGCAGGAUGCAAUGUUACAUAAUAUUCAACAUUCUGGACCAUUUUUCCCCUAAGAGGCAGCUACCAAUCCCAUCUUAAACUGUGAAAUAGAUUUUUAAAUUCAUUUACAUUUAGUCAGGACUGAUGCUGUCCAAUCAGGCAUUUAUUAGCCCGCUUUUAUAUCUCUCAUUUCUCCUACUCUUGUUAGAAAAUAUAUCUCUCAGUUCCCCUACUCUUGUUAGAAAAUAUAUCUCUCAGUUUCCCUACUCUUGUUAGAAAAUAUUUCUCUCAGUUCCCCUACUCUUGUUAGAAAAUAUAUCUCUCAGUUUCCCUACUCUUGUUAGAAAAUAUUUCUCUCAGUUCCCCUACUCUUGUUAGAAAAUAUAUCUCUCAGUUUCCCUACUCUUGUUAGAAAAUAUAUCUCUCAGUUUCCCUACUCUUGUUAGAAAAUAUAUCUCUCAGUUUCCCUACUCUUGUUAGAAAAUAUAUCUCUCAGUUCCCCUACUCUUGUUAGAAAAUAUAUCUCUGUUUCCCUACUCUUGUUAGAAAAUAAAAAGUCUUUUGCAGCCCACCUGGUUAUUCUUGAUGGGUCAGAAAAAAAAAUGUUUGAGUUAAUGGGGCAUCAUCCAGUUUGUUUAGAGCAGGGGUGGGAAAACUUUUUGUGGGGAGGGCCUUGUUGACAAAUUUAAAGCUAUGGGGGGAGGUGGGGGGGGGGCGCGUGUAUAUUAAGUCCAAUUUUUACAUGUCUAUAAACAUUUCUCUAUAUUAAAAUCGGUAAAUUUGCAUUUUAGCUUUAAAUGACAAAAGUCAAGAACUGUUUGAAAAAAUAGAAAAUUAGAAAGAAAGUUGAUCAAAAAUGUAUAAACAAUCAUAACGGUACAUGACGUUCAGUUUCACCAAAAUAGCUUAAAAACAAAGUAAUUUUUUAUUUAUAAAUGCCUUAGAGGGCCACAUAAUAUCAAUUGCUGGCCUGGUUUAGAGGAAAAUCAGGUCCCUAGACUUUUUAAGUUAAGAACCACUGAAAUGGUUAUUCUUAAAUGUUUGAUUUUAGUCGAGAUCUGUAAUGAAAGUCUGGAAAGUUUUUAAUAUACUGGCACUUAGAAAUGUCUUAUAGUUAUAGUUAACUAUUUUGUCAAGUUGUAAAGAGGAAGGAAGAUAUAUUAAUGAAAUGCAUUUGUUUUCAAGUAAGACAAGCAUCACUGAGAAUCUCUAUUGGUUGACAAAUUAAUACCGGCACCACCAUUUAAGCUAUAUAUCAGUACGGUAUCACUAUUGGUAGGUUAAUAAUAAUAUGGACUGCAUUCUAGAAAAGAUAUUGUAAGUAAGAAAAUGUAUUGUCAUUGUAAUUGAAAUGCAACUUAAUUGAUUAAUGUGACAUUAAUUUACCGGCAUUAAUUUUUAUUAAAUGAAUUAAGCUAUUCAAUGUUAAUGGACUGGACAGGUAGGAAGUAAAUCAUUUGUGAGUUAAAAAAAAUAUUGCAGUGCUACCGGUAAGCAAAUUACAAAGCAAUAAUAAAAAGUAUUUUCAAAAUACAGAAAUUUUUGAAAAAAAUCUUUUCACAUACACAUAUUGACUGAUUAAUUAACAUUAGGUUUUGUGAAAUAUGAAUAUUCUUUCCUUUGCAAACAGGGUGCAAACAGGGUGUCAGGGUAGAUAACCAUGUUUUUAAAUUUUUUUGAUGUGCUGCUGACUAAUACUAAUUGUAAUGCCAAUGCACUUUUGUCCCCUAGCAUGUAUGGCUGAAUGUUUCCUGAGUGGAAGUGGACCGUUGUCAUCAAUAGUAACUUACAGAGAUGGAAGGUGAGUCAGCAACUGUUCAUUGAAGCACCCAUGUGAGAUUGAUUGUAUUCAUUAAACAAAUUUGAGAUUAAAAUGUCCAAAGGAAUUUUUUUUUGAAGUUAUAAAAUUAAAACAGCCAAGUAAUUCAGCUUGUAGAUCCUCCUCAUACAAUGGUAGGGUUCAAAUAAUUUAAUGCUGCCCUAAUGACCAUUUUAAGCAUUAAAAAAACAACAUGCUCAAAGUUGGUUUAUUAUUUCAUGCCAUUACAUAAGACUUACAUAAGAAAAAUAAAAGAGGUACGCAAAACUAGCAAUUAUAAGAAGGAUUAAAAAAGUACAGGGCAUUUUAACAACCGGUUUGCCAAACUCAAAACAACUAGGUGUCUGUUCUGCUGAAGUAUGGAAACCAGCUGAAUUCCAUCACUGGCCCAAUUUUUAUUAUUUUUAUUAAAGGUAAGGCAGCUAAUAAAAUUCACUAGAAACACUCUACUGAAGUUAUAUUCAUUAAUUUGUAUAUUUCAAUUCUCAACAGUGUGUUGGCCGGAUCAUUUAACCAAGGUGUUCAUCUACUCAGCCACCAGGACAACAUGCUAGUUAAAACUUGUAACUUUUGAUGCCGGAUGUAAAAGACAUUUGUACGAGAAAAAUGGUCACAAUAACUUUGGCCUGAUGAAGAUGUACAACAAUCAUUGUUAGAGAGAAAUAAUAAUCUCCAUAUGGUAUUUUUGUGACCCCGUUAGAUUUCUUGUGGGAAUUUGAUGUAAAACAUUUAUAAUAUGAUAGUCUUUAAUUUAAAAGGAAUAAUUUACCAUAUGGAAGCCCUGCUAAAUUUCUUUUACCUAAAUGGUUUAUUUUUAAGUUCUUAUUUUAAAUCAAAUCAUAUUAGUGCAGUUUGUUUAAACACUUAAAUUAAAAAGAAAAGCAUGAAAUAUAUUGACUCCAGGAAUUUUUGUUUAUGAUUAUCUUGUAAAAAAAAAAUCACCAACCUGCCUUAAAAUAUAUUAAACUAAGAAUAAACAUUCCACAUAAAAUAUUGAUCACUUUUAUUAUAAAAUUAAAAUUGUUCUUAAUCAAGAUGUGCAUUUACAGCAGUUCCUAGUAAAACAUCAAAAAUACAUAUUCUUGACACUGAACCAGUAUUUUAUGAAAACCGUGCCGACUUGCCUAGGUUCUUGUGUUUAAUUUAAGUUCAAGCAUUGUCUUACAUAAUUGCAUGUUUUUAUUGCGUAUCAAAUAGAGUGUAUUUAUUUAUUUGAAAUGUUGAUUUAGUUACUGUAACUAUCAAACUGUGAGCAGUGAAUCAUUUUAAUUGUUAAGUCAAUUUAUCUUAGUCAAACCAGCAUUUUCUUGUUUCAAAUGUUGGUGAAAAUGACCAAUGCAUCAUGAAAACCUUAACUGAGGAAUUUUAUCAAUGCUUGUGUUAUUCCCCAGUCGAGUAUUUAACUAGUAGCUCAGUAUCUUAUAUCCUAAAAACUUAAACCAAAAGGCUUUUGUACCGGUAUUAAAAAUGAGUCUUUAAACCUUAAGGAAUGCAGUUGCUAAUUAGCUUUCUUGAGGUUAGAUUUUAGAAUAAUGACUGUGUUAAUGAAUUUUAUAUUGGGUACUGCAGGAGACAAUGUGCACUAUUGACAAGUAUUUAAUGACUUAUGAAUUACUGGCAUCAGAAUGUCUGACAAUCUUAUAAUCAAUAAAAUCUACCAAUAGCAGUAUGACUAUACUUUUAAAAUGUUUUAACACCAAUUUCACUUGAUUGAUAUAUUUAUAUCGCGCUGGUAUCCAUGCUACUUUAGCAUGCUCACUGUGCUCUGGUCGUCCGAAAUCUAUUUAAACAAAAAAGUUUUAAAUUUUUUCUUAAAUGAUUUUUAUCAUUUACAAUUCCCUUCAAAGAUGGAGGCAAACUGUUCAAUAAUUUUGGCGCUAUCUCUUCAAAAGAGUGCACUCUGUAAGACUUUUUUCUGUGUUCAUCCACACUAGGAACACUCAGUAAGUAUUCUGAUGAAGACCGCAGGCUCUUUAAGGGUACAUGUUGACUUAAGACAAGUUGGACAUGACUCUUAAAUGCAAGCCUUGCCUCACUUUCUCUAUCUUCCAACCAUGUCUCAGACGAUCUCUCCAUCCAUCCCUGUGGUGCAACAGCCCAUGUAGGGCUUUGUUCCUGCCUCAUCACAUCCUUCCACUCAGAUCUGAUGCUUUUCUUAACCAUGCUUGGAUUCCAAGCUGCUGUAGAUCCCUAUCCACAUCAUCCAUACAUGUAAGCCCAAGUCUGCCUUUGAGCCGUUUUCCUCGUGUUUUGGUGAUGCGCCUUCUUCACUUCGGUCAUUUGACAUUCUUUCUAAAUGUCCUGCCCACCAUAGGAGUCCUUUUUUAAAAUUUCUGCUACUACCAUGGGAUCCGGAUUUAGACUAUACUAUUCCUGGUCCGUUCAUACUCUCCAUUCAUAUUUAUCAUUUGUUGGUCCGUAUAUUUUCCGGAAAACUUUUCUCUCAUGCUUUUAAUAGGUUUUCUGCCAUUUUUGUCCAAGUUCACUUGCAUACUAGUCUAUUAGAAAUCACUUGUGUUUCACAACAGAGAGAUUUAAAACAUUUAUAUUUACUGUGUUGUUGUUACAUUGUCAUAAAAAUACAUAUUUACUUUCUGUGUAUAAACCGUCCUGGACAUAUACUUACAUUUUUGAAGUUUAACUUUAACAAACCGUCCUGAAAACAUGUAAUAUUUACUUUAAAAGUUAGACCAUUUUUAAAACAUGUAAUAUUGACUAUGUGUAGUGAAACCACCUUACUCCUGUAUCAUUUUAACACAUUCCAGUUUAUUUUGUCACUAUACAGGUUUGCUACUCAGGUUUACAGACUAGGGUUUGCAUGUAUUAGUUAAGACUAGGGUUUGCAUGUAUUAGUUAAGACUAGGGUUGGCUGUGAUUAUUAUAAUCCACCUGGCAACAUGCUAAAUUUUGAACAAAAAAAAAAAAAAAA